AUGCAACCUGCAAAUUUCUCUGAUCUUUGUAAUAUUCCCGAACUGAAUGGUGAGAACUAUAAGAUUUGGAAGGAGAGAAUUAUUCUUCACUUAGGGUGCAUGGACAUUGAUUAUUCUAUCAGGAAAGACGAACCAUUUAUUAAUGAAAUUAGCACUCAAGCUGAGAUUGCUCUUCAUGAACAAUGGGAGCGUUCAAACCGUUUGAGAGUUAUGUUCAUUAAGACCAAAAUCUCUGCUGGUAUUCGUGGUUCUGUCGAACAAUAUAACAAUGUCAAGGCAUUACUGAAGGCUAUUGAUGAACAGGUUGAGACUUCAGAUAAGGCACUUGCCAGCACCCUGAUUAUGAAAUUCUCAUCAAUGAGGCUCACCAGUGUGAGAGGUGUGCGUGAGCACAUCAUGAAAAUGCGAGACUUAGCAGCUCAGCUAAAGACUCUUGAGGUUGAAAUGUAUGAAACUUUCCUUGUGCACUAUAUUUUGAACUCUCUUCCUUUACAGUACGACCCCUUUAAGAUCUCUUAUAACACACAUAAAGAUAAAUGGUCUAUUAAUGAACUUAUGGCCAUGUGUGUUCAAGAGGAGGGUCGAUUGCUGAUGGAAAUAGGAGAAAGUGCAUUCAUGGCUACUCAGGGAAAAAAGACCUACCAAGCCAAUAAAAAGUGGAAAGGAAAAGCACCACUUGAACCUGAACCUGAUAUCAAGAAAGAAUCCAAGUGUCGCUUCUGUAGAAAGAAGGGGCAUAUAAAGAAGGAUUGUAUCAAGUAUCAGAAAUGGCUUGAAAAGAAAGGUACUUCAAUCUCUCUUAUAUGUUAUGAAGCUAAUAUGGCUAAUGUUAAUCAUAACACGUGGUGGAUUGAUUCUGCUUCUACAAUCCAUAUUGCGAAUUCAUUGCAGGGAUUAAAAAACCUACGGAAGCCAGUGGGAGCUGAGUGA